UGUGCCGCCGUCGCUGAUGUCAUAGAGGAGGAGGGAUCGCCCCCAUAGCGCGCAGCAUGAACGCUCCGCGGCAAAAGGAUGUGUGAACAAGCAGCGCGCUACUGCAGGGACGGUGUCCAAAAACUGCUCCACAAAGAACAAGCCAAACUCCGGGCACAGGACAGCAAAGACCAGCCCAAACCCGGGGCUCAGGACAGCGAGACAGCGACGGCUGCACAGUCCGGAAACAGCGGUUCUCAGCCCGGUGGAAUUGACGGGCUCGUCCGCUGGAUAGUCACCAAGAUGAGCGACAAUAAAAGCAUCUCUACUCGGGAAUAUGUGAAGGAGGAGGCGGCGGUGGCUCAGGAGCAGUUCUUUGCACCGGAGCCCCGAAAGGGCAUCUCUGUCAUUUUGGACAUUUUUCGGAGAGCUGAUAAGGAUGAUGAUGGAAAACUCUCCCUUGAUGAGUUCCAGGCUUUCUUCUCGGAUGGCACUCUGAAUGAAGAGGAGUUGGAAAAACUGUUUCACACCAUUGACUCUGAUAACACCAGUAAUGUCGACACCAAGGAACUAUGUGACUACUUUGCCAACCACAUGGGAGAUUACGAAGGUGUGCUGGCCUCCCUAGAGACACUCAACCUGGCGAUUCUCAAAGCCAUGGACUUUACCAAGAAGGUAUAUGAACGGGGAACUAAUGUUGAGCAGUUUGUGACCCGAUUCCUGUUGAAGGAAUCAGCCAAUCAGAUCCAGUCUCUGCUGAACUCUGUCGAGAGUGCUGUGGAUGCCAUUGAUGAGCAGCAUUCAUCAGUGGGAUCCUACCCCAGUAAGACCAGCCCACGCGUCCCAGAUAGGCGCUAUGAGGCCCCGGUGCCAGAUUACCCUCCCAACAACAGAGUCAGUGCAAAGGAGAGCAUGAGGAACAUCAACACGGGUGCAGGAGCUGUGGAGGUGAGGAAAGAGGGACUCGAGGCACAGAUCAACCGACUGGCUGAGCUGAUUGGACGUCUGGAGAGCAAGACAGUUUGGUUUGACCUACAUCAGCGACUAACAGACACUGAUGGCACAACUAGCGCAUCCCUCUACCUGAUCCGCCAGGAGAUGAAUGUUUCCCAGAAGCAGCUGGGAGAGUUCUGCGAGGCCCUGAAACAAUACCUGAAGAAUGUGUCUACUCAGAGAGACUGCUUCCAUGUGACGGCUGUGCGGCUGCCUGACGGCCUUUCCUUUGUGGUGUACGAGUUCUGGGACGGAGAGGAGGAGUGGAAGAGGCACCUUCAGACUGCAGCUUGCAAGGCCUUCCAGCAUGUCAAAGUGGAUACUCUAUGCCAGCCCGAGGCUGUGUCCUCUGUCGCUGUGCCUGCCGCCUGGUGCAGCCUGAACAAAGACUAAGAAGCGAGCCAGUCUGCGGGUGGAACGGUCCCGCCUUAUGCCUGAAACCCUUCUCUUCUCCUCCACUUCCCCCUCUCUAUCCCUGUCACAGUCCCUGCUAUCUUAACUACCCCCCUUUCAGCGCUCUCCCCACUCUGUCCCCCCUUCUCUUUUAUAAUUACUUGUUUACACAGUAUCCAUUUGAUAUUGAGCCAAAAGUAGUGUCGGCUGCAGAGAGCGCCGGACACAGCACCAGUUCCCUCUUCACCUCCAUUGCAACGUACAGAGACGACACUAAAACUCCCCAAAGCGUUUGGGAACCUCACCUGGUUGAUUCGCAUUUGCAUUUGAAAUAUCAACUUGCAUAAGCAGUCUCUCCUAGUUCUAACUAAACGAGGCUGAGUAAUAUUUCAUCCCAAUUUAAACACGCAUUCGCUGCUUUGCAAACAGUUCCCUUUGGUACAACUUCUGAGAAGACAAAAACUGUGCAGCAAAGUAUUUCUACAGCUGUCCAUGGACAAUAGUGUUUCUGUAAAGGUCAUUUGAUACUAGUUAUAGGUUGGUGUUAUAAAUACUUUGAACUGUAUGUUCAUGAGCCAUGUAGAGCAGUGGUUUUCUAACCUGGACCCAGGGACGGAUUAUGACUUGUAAAGGCCCUGGGGAUCGUGUUCUCCGUUAUUUACCUUUAAAAUGUAGAAAUCUUUUCUUGCCCCUGGAUCUAGAAGAACCGAGGGCCAACCCUCAUUAGGACUGUCGCUUUUGAAAAAAAUCAAAUUCGAAACGGAUAUCAAAUAUCAAGCAAUGUAUUCGAAUAUCUACUUUUUUAUUUGAAGGUCCAUCUUUUACAGUCGAGUGAAGGGUGUACGUUUUUACUUUUUACGGUUCAGAUUUAAUAACUGUGCUAAAACAUACUCUAUUGCUCUCUCUAAGCCCAUUUUGUGGGAUCAUUUAUAAUUAGGCAAUAAAACAUUAUGCAAAUGGAAAGUUAUAGUGUAAUAAUAAUAUAUAGUUCUUUUUCCAAUACAUUUUUUAAACACAAAAUACAUUCAAAGAGUGACAAUAGUUCUAUUAGAGGUUUUGGGCCCUUCAUAUUCACAUAGGACCCAACAUUUUCCAGGGAGGCCUUAUGUUACAGCAUUAAUAAACAUUUGUUUUCAUUUGUUCACUUUUCAAAAAACUUUUGCCGAUAAUUUACUCACGUCUUUCUU